ACAGAUUAUUUAACUGCUUCAUUAAGGUCUGAUCACUUUUGUUUCCUUCAAUUUUUUCCUAUUCUAAUUAAUGAUCAUGUUUUCAUCGGUGUUUAUUAAUUUAAUUUAGUUAACUGUGUAUCUUUAGUUUCCAUCUGCUACAAGUUUCUAUAUCUUUAAUCUCCAUCUAAAAGCCUCAAAGAAAAACCAAUUCUCUUUUUUUAGCUUUUCAACUGGUUGUUGUUUUUUUUCUUCUCAUUCUCUCUCUUUCUCUCGUUCAUCUAUUAUUUACAAUUUUCCCUUCAUUUGUUGUUAAUCUUAUUAAUUCUCAUUCUAUUGAAACAACAUUGUGGAGAUUAUUUGGAAAUUCAUUUAUUCAUUUGCUACUUGAGAUCGUCUAUUUUUUUGCUCCAUCACCUGAUUUUGUUUGCAUUAUUUUUCUCUAUAUUCUUUCUGCUGGCUAAUUUGUGAUCUGAUUUGUGUCUCUUUUUUAUUGUCCAUUGGAUUUAAAUCACUGUUUUGGAUUAAUCAUUUUUGUUUCUUGUUUGGAUACGAGUUAUCAUCUGGUUACCUCAUUCACCGUUACAAAUAUACACUAAUUAAAAAUUAUGGGUGAUACUGAUGAUAAAUUGUCUAAAGACUUUCAAGAAAAACCCACUUGGACUGAUUCCGGUGUUUGUGUUGACAGUGGUCUAUGUAUUGACUUACCCAGUUUACCCUCUACCCUUGAUGUAGACAAUCCCUUUAAACAAGAUGCUGAAGGAGAUACCAUAUUACAUCUUGCAGUUAUCCAGGGUGUGACUAACUUAGUUUCAUAUUUAAUCAAAGAAGCUCCUUCAUCGGAAUACUUAGAUAUCGCCAAUGAUGAAUUUCAGACACCUCUCCAUUUGGCUACAAUUACAAAACAAUAUGGAAUAAUUAACCAAUUAGUCACCUCAGGUGCUUCUCUAUUUAUUCGUGAUCGUAAUGGUAACUCACCAGUCCACAUAGCUUGCCAGAAUGGAGACAUUAUGGCUCUUAAAUCAUUAUUAUCUGCCAAACCAAGGAUUACCAGUGAUAUCAAUUCGUCUUCCUGUUCAUCUACAACGUCAACUUCCUCAUCAUCUUCAUCAUCUACAUCCACAUCUACAUCGUUAUCACAAUCUUCAAUAGCAUCUCCGUUAAAUUUAAAAAAUUAUGAAGGCGAAACCAGUUUACAUCUAGCAGUCAAAACUGCCGACAAAAGUCUCAUUGAGUAUCUUGUUAAUCAUGGAGCUGAUAUCAAUGCUCAGGAGGGUAAAAGUGGUAAAACCGUACUACAUUAUGCAAUAUUGCAACAGAAAUUAGAUUUAAUUCAAUUUUUAAUCUACAAUUGUAAAUGUUCACCGCAUGUACGAACCUAUGGAGGGUUAACGGCAAUGCAUUUUCUCAGAGGAUUAUUAGAAGUUAAUCCAAACAGUGGUAAAUUAAGAGCAAUCUAUCAAAUCUUGCAAGAUUGUGGAGUUGAUUGCGAAAAUUAUUCAUCUACAAACUACGAUUCAGAUAUUGAUUAUUAUUCAGGCCAAGAAUCUGAUGAAGAUAUUUUGUGAUGAUGAAAAUGACGACAAUUAAAAUUGGUUAAUAAAUAAUUGUCGCACAAAUCACAUCAAUCAUUAAAAUUGAUUUAAUCAGUUUUAUGAUUCAAUUUAACUGUUUGUUAAAAUAAUAACAUUUAAUGUUUAAUUGGAUGAUUGCGAACAAAUUUAACGCUUAUCAAUAUAUAUUGAAAUACACAUUAAACCAAUUAGACUGAUCAUCUUGGUUUUAUGGGAAAAAGAUCAAGCUUAAUAAUUGGUAAUUCAAGUUGAAAUUGAUUAACCAAUUUAUGUUUCAUACAUUAUAUAUCAUAUACAAUAAUUAACGAAUUAUUUUUAAGAAUGACAAAUAAAAUAUUCUGAUUACAAAAUUAUUUAAAUAACAAA